AUUUUCUGCGAUCCUGAAACCAGCAAUUAAUCCAAGGAGAAGCUCUGUUCCAUUAAAUCCACAAAGAAAAGUGCAGUGACUUAAAGAUGAAGGCAACGAAAAUAGAGGAGCCCCUGCGGAUGGAGGACUUCCUGCGGCCGCAGUUGUUACAGAGGCUGGCGCGGUUGGUUCAUUUCCAGUGGGAAAGAAAUCCGGAGGACAACAGGAUGGUGAACACCUCCAAGUGGCCCUUUUGGGUGUCGGCGAUCCUCAAUUUGGUGUUCUUCACUUGCAAUGGCUGGGAUAUCAUAGGUCACCUUUGGCUGGGCCAACCUACCAACCAGAAUCCCCCCGUGAUUAGCAUCACCAUUUACUUCUCCAUCAGGGGACUAAUGCUGUACCUAAAACGAAACGCAAUUGUCGAGUUUGUCAAUGACUUGGACCGGGAGUGUCCGCGGGACUUGGCCAGCCAGCUGGACAUGCAAAUGGAUCACACUUACCGAUACUUUUGGAAGCGGUUCCACAUUGUCCAGGCCUACGGUCAUGUGGGUGGGUUGGCGUUCUGCUUAAUGCCGUUGGUUUUAUUUUUCUUGACCCAUGAGGGCAAUGGGUCACCUGUGGCCCAGCAAGAGCAACUUCUUGGAGGUUGGCUGCCACUAGGAGUGCGAAACGACCCCAAAUUCUAUUUGUUUGUUUGGCUGUACGACUUCUAUUGUACGGUGAGCGGUAUAUCCUUCUUCAUCACCUUUGACAAUCUGUUCAACGUGAUGCAGAGUCACUUGAUCAUGCACCUGAACCACCUGGCCCGCCAGAUUUCGGUCCUCGAUCCCCGCCAGAGUUUAACCAACGAGGUUCAGUUCUUUUCGCAUCUAAAAUCGUUAGUUCAAAGGCAACAGCUCCUUAAUGACUUUUGCGGCAGAUACAACGAAAUCUUCAAGGUGGCUCUCCUGGUUAGCAACUUUGUGGGCGCCGGUUCCCUCUGCUUCUUCCUGUUCAUGUUCUCUGAGACAUCUGAUCUGCUGAUUAUGGGACAAUAUAUUAUACCCGCUUUCGUCCUGGUAGUCUUCACCUUUGAGAUCUGCCUACGUGGCACGCAACUGGAGGAGGCGUCUGAGGGUCUGGAAUCGUCCUUAUGUCACCAAGAAUGGUACUUGGGAAGCCAGCGGUAUCGAAAAUUUUAUCUAAUCUGGAUGCAAUACAGCCAGCGGACCCAGAAACUGGGCGCUUUUGGCCUUGUCGAAGUGAACAUGGUGCACUUUACUGAUAUCAUGCAGCUGGCUUAUAGACUUUUCACCUUCCUUAAAUCGAAUUGA